AUGUCCCUCGGAGCACUCAUGUCGCCUCCUCAAUAUCCUUCAAACCCGACACUCGGCGAAUACUCAUACAAAACGAGAUCAAAGACUCCCGAUCGGAGUGCAGGGUCAAUUUCAGGCCCAAGACCACACCGUUCGAGCUCAGGCACCAUGACACACCGUCCAGGUUCCUUCUACGAGCCUCCACCAAGAUCGGGCUCCGGCGCUUACCCUGAACCAAGAUAUACUCCUCCAUUCGGCCCAACGGCGAUGCCAAAGGAUGACUUCGAGGAUCGCGCUCGUCGCACAAGCAUCAGUGGUAUCCUGCAGAAUCUACAGCAAAGACCAGAGAGUCAACCCCAACCAACCACGGUGACCGCGACAUUCCCACCGGCAUCUAACCCACCGAUCCGUCCAGAAAGCAUUCCGCCAUCUCUAGGGCACGCCGAGAGACCGGCUCAGCCACCUCUGAAUGGCCCUGACCAUUCCCGACCAAAUGGCCUGGUUGGAUCCUACGAUACACGUCCUCCCGGUCAGCCAACCCUAUCUCGUUUUUCACAUACCGCCCCCGUGCAACAACCGGGUCCCAGCCUAUUAGAUCGAUCACUUCCACAAUCUCAGUCCCCAGAUAUGCGGCGUUCGCAGCCGCAUGCGAACGAGAACCGAGGUCUCGCAGGAAUCUUGAAUCAACCACCAGACUCUGCCUUUAGCGCCCAGAAUAUGAUGCGACAAGACUCGGUUCAAUCACAGAGCGAUCGAUCAGUACUUGGCGAUCGACUACGCAACCGGCCCUACUCGCCUUUCGCGGGAUCUGUGGCCUCACAAACGAUGGACGAUCAAUUCCGCAAAGGCAGUGAUGAGUUGUCGCAACACAGGGCCAUUCUCGGACUUGCGAACGAUUCAAAACGAGGAAGGUAUUCGCCUCUCCCUCAAGCCGUCCAAGGUGCUCAAGCGCAGACUCCCCAGCCAGAUGCAGGGAUCAAAACGGAGCAUGGUCGAGUCUUUUCUGGAAUCGGCAGCGGAUUGGGUUCUCUCUCUGCCGCGCAAACCCCGGCUCCUCAACCCUUGUCCGCCAGUCCCUUCAAACGAGAUGAGGGUGGGAGCCGGCUGAGCGAAGAAAACCUUAUGAAGAUGUCUCGCAGUGCCUCUGGAAUGGGAAAGCGAAAUCGAAAAGCACCUGACGAGGACACCCGGGCUGAAAGCGACGUGGGUGAUGCCAAGAAAGCUGGUCCGGGGCGAGGCAAGAGAAGCAAGUACCAGCAUUCUUACAAACUGGACUUGGAAGAUGCUGUACAAGGAGCCCGGAAGAACGGGCCUUACGCAACUUCGAGCCAAAUCCGCCGCGUUCCUACGCCGACAUCCAAUCCGUCACAACUGCAGCAUCAUCACCACUAUCUCCAGCGCCAGACAUCAGCCGUGGAUAAUAAUCCAAGCUUCAGACCUAGAAAGACUAUCCGGAUAUCUUCGGUUGUAGCACUCGCCCGAAGAAACCCACGUCGUCAUCUAGGAUUUUUCAGAUACGACCCCGAAGUCGGCCCCAUUGACCUACACAAAGCCGUCGAUCCAAAGUUCGAUAUUGCGGUACGGCCGAAUCUCUUACCUUCAUUCACAGAAGCAGAACACACCAACUGUACAUACACCGUUCGUGUGCCCCGGACCUGGCUCCGACAGCGUGAAAGAGGUCUAAUCUGCCAAGAACGGUACCUCUGGGGCUCUGGUAUCUACUCCGAUGAUUCGGACCCGGUUGCGGCGGCAAUGCAUUCUGGUUUCAUUGCUUCUGUACAUCCGCCUGGGAUUGACGAGGCUCUUCUACAGAAAGUGAUUGAAGAGCAAAACCCGAGGAUAGAGGGCAGUACAGCCCCUGAAAGGCCAAUGCCCGUGGACGAGACCAAGGAUCUACAUAUCACAUUACUCGUGCUUCCACAGUUAGAGCAAUAUGUCGAGAGCGUCCGGUUCGGGAUCAAAUCUAGGAGCUGGCCAGACGAACCCGAGUCUUCGCCAUCGGCCACCACUGACUCGGGACCAACAAGUAACAAAACCCCCCACGAUGGCGUAAGUUUCAUGGUCCUCAAAACCGAAUUCGUGGAGGACGGCGCAGAGGUGAAACGUGUGGGACGGACGGGCAAGGAGAAAAGGGCGAGACUGCAACGGGAGUUGAGGGAGCGCAAACGAGGCUUCGAACUGGAGAAGAAGAAGCUCGAGCUGGCAGCAGAAAGGGCCAGGUUACGAAAGGAAAGUCUGAAGCGAGAAAGGAAAGUCGGAAGUAAAGGAGUGGGUGUUGUAACGUCAGACACUGUCGGGGGCUCAUCAGACAGACGACAUCGGGCCAACGGCGAACAACAUCAGGAAAACGGUGACAGCAACAAGAAGGAUAUGAUGAAGUUGGAUGUUGGUCAGAGUCCGGGCGAUUGGAUACGACAGCUUGCCGUUGCUGCAGCAUAA